UUCUAAUUGCGCCAGCUAAUAGUUGCACAAUAUGGCGGACCCCAACGGUGAUCCCGAGAUUAACAACGCCCCAGCGACAGAAUCUGUCGCAGAUCCUACUCCUGAUGCUACUACAGAGAAGCGCAAGGGCUCCGUUUUCGUAGAUAAAAGCCUUGAAAAGGACAGUUUCGCAGCCCUGACCGAGAAUGUCACCGGAGAGAUCAAAAAUCCCCUCGUUGGCAUCCCCAAGGAACAGUUAAUCCAGGAUGUUGAGGGCUUCGCUUCAGAGUUUGACCUCCGUGAAAUGAUACCGAUGCUCAUCAAAGGCGCCCUCGUCGCACAGAACCCAGCGGGCAUUGAUGAAAUCACCGAGCUCGAUGACGAAGAUCGCCGAAUUUUGCGCGAGGAAGUCACGCACAAGUGGAAGCAUCCAAGAAUCCUCUACCUAACCAUCGUGCUGAACUCGAUUGCCGCCGCCAUUCAAGGAUGGGAUCAAACAGGAUCCAAUGGAGCCAAUCUCACAUUUUCGCCGGCGCUUGGGAUUCCUGACACUGGAGAAUUUUGUAAGGAUCCUGCCAACGCGGCGACCUGUGACAAGAAUUCUUGGAUAGUGGGGUUCAUAAACUCCGCCCCAUACAUUGCGAUUUGCCUUUUUGCAGCCUGGAUAUCCGACCCUAUCAACCACAUCCUCGGUCGUAGGGGAACAAUCUUUCUUGCCGCCAUCUUCAGUCUGCUCGCUCCGUUUGGCGAAGCCACCGUGCAGACAUGGCCCCAACUUGUCGUAUGCCGUAUCCUUCUCGGGAUUGGUAUGGGACUGAAAGAAGUCACUGUUCCCGUCUAUUCUGCAGAGAUUGCACCAAGGACAAUUCGUGGUGGUUUGGUCAUGUCCUGGCAGGUCUGGACUGCGUUUGGCAUCCUUCUCGGGACAUGCGCAAACCUUGUCUUUGUCAACACAGGCAAACUUGUCUGGCGCCUUCAGUUUGGCUCGGCAUUUGUUCCUGUUAUCCCUCUCCUUAUAGGCGUCUAUUUCUGUCCUGAGUCUCCGCGUUGGCUUUUGAAGAAAGGUCAGGUAAGCAAGGCAUACAGAUCUCUUGUUCGUCUACGAAACUCGGAACUACAGGCGGCGAGGGAUUUGUAUUUUAUUCACGCCCAACUCGUCUAUGAGGAUGCUCUAUUGGAGAAGUCUGGACUAUCGAAGAACAGCAACAUGUUCACUCGAUUCAUCGAACUGUUCACCAUCCCCCGUCUUCGUCGAGCCACCCUGGCUUCGGGAGUCGUUAUGCUGGCGCAGCAAAUGUGCGGAAUUAAUAUCAUGUCAUUUUACUCCUCCACCAUCUUCCGCAAUGCGGGCGCCUCCGACAUCGUCGCGCUCCUCGCAUCCUUCGGCUUCGGCCUCGUCAACUUUGUCUUCGCUUGGCCCGCCGUCUGGACAAUCGACACCUUCGGCAGACGCGGUCUACUCCUAUUCACCUUCCCAAAUAUGUCAUGGACCCUUCUAGCCGCUGGCAUGGCCUACUUCAUCCCUCAAGAUCAAACCGCCCAUCUUGGCGUCGUCCUCUUCUUCGUCUACAUAUACGAUGCGUUCUACUCUCCUGGCGAAGGCCCCGUCCCCUUCACCUACUCCGCCGAAGUCUUCCCCCUCUCACACAGAGAAAUCGGUAUGUCCUGGGCCGUGGCGACCAACAAUUUCUGGGCCACCGUCGUCUCGCUCACUUUCCCGCGCCAGCUGCGCGCCUUCGGCACGCCUGGUGCAUUCAGCUUCUACGCCGCUAUGAACCUUGUGGCUCUCUUUUUAAUCUUCUGCUUCAUGCCCGAGACGAAGCAGCGCACGCUCGAGGAGCUGGAUUACGUCUUUGCUGUGCCGACGAGUACGCAUACCAAGUAUCAGAUGUUCACCGUGCUACCGUGGUGGUUCAAGAAUAUCCCAAAUUUCCUGCGUAGGAGGGAGCCGACGCACUGCCCGGAGUUGUAUAAGUUUGAGGAUGACUCUUGGGCUAAUGCCGAGGAUUCUAAGGACUCAAAGGGAUCGGGGCCGGAGACGGCGCCGCGUGAGAAGGAUGAAGUGGAGGUACCGGUUUGAGGCCGAGAUGAGAGUGGGUGGAGGUGAUGUCUAUUGAGUUGGGUUUUAGAGUUGGGAGAUGAGAUGCGGGUAGCUGAUAUAAUUUGAGGGGGUGCUGAUGCUUUUUUUUUGUCCUUUUUUUUCCAAGUCGAGUUUUGAUAUCCUGUCACUAUCUCGUAGCUAAUUACUCCCAAGAUAUCCUAUUUGAACGACGUUUUGCUUUUUGGCAUGGGACAUUGCACAAUUCCAGAUCCUCUCUACUUCAAUUCUGAUGACGUUAAUUUGAUAACCAAUGGACGUCAAUCAAAUGCUUUCACUACAUCGGUUAAGGCUCAGCAAAACUGGG